AGUUUAAAUCACGAAAUGUUAUUACUAUAUAAAAAUAGGACCAUAUAGGCAUUAUGCGUAUAUGCUUAAUAUGUUCAAUUGUGCAUAGGCACGAUUUCUGUAGCUCAAUGUCAAAGAGAAAAUAACUUAUAGCUAAAUAUAAGAUAUGACCCGCAUGUCUUUUGGUGUAUUUAUCAGUCUGUAAAAUAUGUCUAAUACUAAAAGGUGGAAAAAAGGAAAACAUCCGAACCCUGGAAUAUGUCUGCUGCAGCCGAAAGAGAACAAAACAGAAAAGGAUGUAAUUUGUAUGGUUGUAAAUUGAGGUCCACACGUUGUUUGAGUUUUGAACUACUAAGUUUUUUUAAUACAGUGGUGGUUAAAAUGUGUUUUGGUGAGCAGCAGUGGUAGGGUGCUUACGUGUCCUAUAAAGUACCUCGUAAAAUAAGCUUUCCAAAAACAUACUAUAUCGUUUUGGAUAACCAAGAAGGGAUUUUAACAGCAGCAGCAGGGUAACACAGUCUACUGUAAAGGAUUAUUUUUAUUCAGUCAUUCAUAUUUUCCGUCUCACGGAUAACAGAUCUAACAAAUUCUUAGCUUUAAAACAAGAGGUUGUUAUAGGAGAGCGGGUGAGUAUUUAAUGACCAAAGGGAUUGAUUUAUCCUUUAUUGUUCAGCCUUUAUGAUCACGUGUGUCUUCUACCCAAUGGCAUGGCAGCCUGACUCCCCGUUACUAGCCCACUGUAGUUCUCUGUGGGGCCAAGUUGCUACUUGAUUUCUCCACAUUGUUAUUUUGUGAGGCUGAGUUUACUGCGUGUGUAUGUGUGUGUGUGGUGUGUGUGCGCGCGUUGUACUUUUGCAUGUAUCUGUUGUAUGACUGCGUACAUGUGAAAGUAUAAUUUUUCUGCCAUGUCGACAUCCGGAACACUGACUAGUUACUACGUCGAUUCCCUCAUUCUGCCCGAGAGCGAGGAGCUCUCUGUGCCGAGAUACCCGUCCGGUGCUGGGCUCCAGCACGCCAGACAGUCCGCCUCCAUCAGCGACCACAACGAGCUCGGGACUUGCACCUUCCCGUCCAAACCUCCGGUAUUCGGGCCGUCAUGGAGCCACGUUCCUGCUCAGUUCCCAGGCAGCGUCUCCUCUGUGUAUCAUCACCACUACGGGCAUCCCCAAGGCCCAGUCGGUGCAGACACAGAUGGUCGCUAUCAGUCAUGGUUGCUUGAGCCCAUGUCCGGUUCCCUGCCCAUGUCCGGAUUACCGACGACCCAUCACUACGGAAUCAAACCAGAGGGUCUGGGGACGCGAGCCGACGGCGCGCUACCCGGCUCCCACACGGCGCUGCUGCUCUCUGAUUACGCCAACGGGACGGUGGCGACGGCAUCCCCGGUGGAAAAGGACGCGCUGUCCGGCCAAGCGGGGGACAUGAGCGGGGAACCUGAAGAGAAACCGGGCCUUGAUCCAAAUAAUCCCGUGUCCAACUGGCUCCACGCGAGUGCCACGAGAAAAAAGCGCUGUCCGUACACCAAGCACCAGAUCCUGGAGCUGGAGAAAGAGUUCCUCUUUAACACCUACCUGACCAGAGACCGUAGGUACGAGGUGGCGAGGCUGUUAAACCUCACCGAGAGACAGGUUAAAAUCUGGUUCCAGAACCGCAGGAUGAAGAUGAAGAAGUUUAAUAAAGACGGCGCACCGAAAGACGACUGACUGAGCCGUAGAUAUACAGUAUUUAGGCUGUUCGCGAGCUUUGUGUGUGAAAGCACUUAACUCUGCUGGACCUUGUUUUUAAACUUCAUCGUCUUAUUGUUCUAUAUAACAGAAGCUGUU